UGCUCGUCUUCUACCAGGUCAGUCUCCAGGGAACGAGGUAGAGAUGUGGGGGAUUAUAAGGCGGAGAGUCACUAGCGGAGGAUCAUCUGCUUCGAUAUUUGGGCAGUCAUUGCAGAAGAUUCGACCUGCAGUGUCUACAGAGAGAAGUUAUUCGACGGCAGGCAAAGAGGCCUUUCUUAUUGGAAGAGGAUCUAAGCAUGUGCGGAACAUUAGUCAACCUAUUUUGCUUGGUGGUACUGUUAGUUCAAAGCAUUUAAGGGAAACUUUUGCACUCAUUCAGGCAGAUUCUCCUUUACGAGUGUGGAGCAGGUCAUUCUCUUCAGACAAUGGUGACUUGGUUGAUGCUGUUGUCCCUUUCAUGGGUGAAUCUAUUACUGAUGGCACACUGGCGAAAUUCUUAAAGAACCCUGGUGAUUCUGUUCAAGUUGAUGAGCCAAUUGCUCAAGUAGAAACUGAUAAGGUGACGAUUGAUGUUUCCAGUCCUGAAUCGGGAGUUAUUCAGAAGUUUGUAGCCAAAGAAGGAGAUACCGUGGAACCAGGAACCAAGAUUGCAGUCAUUUCAAAGUCUGGUGAAGGUGUUGCACAGGCUGCUCCAUCUGAGAAGGGGAAACCAGAAAAAGAGGCUCCUCAGCCACCUUCUCCUGCAGAAAAGGACACUGUGAAAGCAGAAACUGCUCCUGUGAAGGAGAAACCUAAAGCACCUUCCCCACCACCACCCAAAGCCUCAGCUACAGAACCUCAGCUUCCUCCCAAGGAAAGGGAAAGACGAGUUCCUAUGACAAGGCUUAGAAAGCGGGUUGCAACUCGUUUGAAAGAUUCUCAGAACACGUUCGCAAUGCUGUCCACAUUCAAUGAAGUUGAUAUGACCAACUUGAUGAAGCUCCGUUCUGAUUAUAAAGAUGCCUUUGUGGAAAAGCAUGGAGUGAAGUUGGGGUUUAUGUCAGGAUUUGUGAAAGCUGCUAUUAGUGGACUUCAGAAUCAGCCAAUAAUUAAUGCAGUUAUCGAUGGUGAUGAUAUCAUAUACAGGGAUUAUAUUGAUAUCAGUAUUGCUGUUGGUACUCCUAAGGGACUUGUCGUUCCAGUUCUCCGCAAUGCAGAAAAAAUGAACUUUGCCGAGAUAGAGAAAGAAAUUAACACUCUUGCAAAGAAGGCUACUUCUGGCACCAUAUCAAUUGACGAGAUGGCUGGGGGCUCAUUUACAAUAUCGAACGGUGGUGUCUAUGGUAGUCUGUUAAGUACUCCCAUCAUCAACCCUCCACAGUCGGCUAUUCUGGGAAUGCAUUCAAUAGUGAACCGCCCCAUGGUUGUGGAUGGAAAUAUUGUUCCUCGGCCAAUGAUGUACAUUGCACUGACAUAUGAUCAUAGGCUGAUUGAUGGAAGGGAGGCAGUUUACUUCUUACGUCGUAUCAAGGAUGUCGUUGAGGAUCCACGCAGGCUGCUGCUUGACAUAUGAAAGCGUACCAAUUGCCAAGUUCUGGACUAAGUGAUUCAGAGUAAUGAGAUUUUGAUAUAUCUUGAUUCUGUUGAAAUGGAAUAAAUCCAUGUCAGGAGCUUAAAAUUUAGUUAGGGUUCCUCUUGUUCAUUCACUCCUCAAGCAAGUAAUGUAAUUGCUGUCUGCAAUGAUCAAGUUGCAAGGAGAGUUAACUUAUUACAUAUUAAAUGUUUUCUGUUCGAUGGGUGUUCGAUUCCCGUUUUACAAGUUCUUGGAGUUUAUAAGAGCAUGUAAAGUU